AUGAACGCCACCAUGCCCAAGUACUUGGUCAGGGAGCUCGGGGAGGAUUCUCCAUGGGGCUCCGUGAACAGCAUCAACUACUGGACGUGCACCGUUGUGCCGCCUAUCGCAGCGGCAGUGACGGGCCACUGGAAGGAGAUGCCGUGCAUCAUCCUCGGGAGCUUCGUCAUGGCCGUCGCUCCCGCAUUCAUGGUGCUGGAGACCUCGGUGCGAGCGACUUGUGCGUGGCUCCUGCUCAUGAGCCUCGGCGAGGUGAUAUGGAGCCCACGCUUUGUCACGUACACGGCCAACUUGUCGCCGCCUGGGCGCGAGGGCGCGUUCCUGGUGCUGGCCAACACGCCGCAGUUCCUGGCCGGCCUGCCCACGGGCUGGCUGAGCCCGGCUGCGCGCAAGAGUGGUCCUGCGCAGGGGUGGGCCCUCGGGUGUGCAGCGGUCGUGGCGGCCAAGCAAACCCGGGCACGGAGGGGCUCGUGCCGCUGCGUGGCAUGCAGCGCCGCCGGCACGCCCAGCCGGCGAGCGGGAAGCUGCUGGAGCGCUACUGCCCGGAAUUCUGGGGCAACGUCGGGCAAUAGGCUCAGAGGGUCCGCCGGUUCUGGCUGA